AGCAGGAGCGGCGGGUGGAGUAGCCGCACCCUCCCCGCCCCCCCCCCUCCUGGCCGCCGGGCCUCCUCUCGUCUCCCGCCACCGCCUGUGGCUCGGCUGCGCUCCUCUCCUGCGGGCUGCCUGUGGAGCUUGGCUUGCCUUUCGGCCCCAACUUCGUCGCGGCUCGUUUUCGCCGGCGCUCGCUCGAGGGCCAAGCGAGGGCAUCGAUCUUCGAGCGGGAAGAUGGCUGCUGGCUGGCUGCUCUUCUUGAGCCUGACCCUUUUCCAGUCCCUGGUGAUCAACCUGUCCGCCGAAGGACCCUUCCCGUCGCCCUCCACGAUCAAGCUGUGGGUGGAUAAGAUGCAAGAGGACCUCGUAAAGCUAGCAAGAACAGCAAGUGGGGUGGACAAACUUGCAGAAAUAUACUUGAGGAACCCAAGUUUAUACACUGUGGAAGCAAACAACGCAGCACGGCUGGUGGAAGUUGCAGCCCGAGAUAUUGAAAAACUCUUGAGCAACAGAUCUAAAGCCCUGGUGCGCCUUGCAGAAGCAGCAGAGAGAUUUCAGAAAGAGCAUCAGUGGCAGGAUGAAUUUGCGACUGGUGAUAUUGUCUACUACAAUGCAAAAGAUGACCUCAAUGAUCCUGGAAGAAAUGAAAGUGAAACCAGCAGUCAGAGACUCAAACCAGUGUUUGAAGAAGAUCCUGUUUUUGGUCGUCAAACAUCCUAUCAGAAUGCAGCGGUCCACAUACCAACAGAUAUAUAUGAAGGCUCUACCAUAGUACUGAAUGAACUGAACUGGACAGGUGCACUUGAUGAUGUCUUCAAAAAGAACAGAGAAGAAGAUCAAACAUUGCUGUGGCAAGUUUUUGGCAGUGCAACUGGCCUUGCCAGGUAUUACCCAGCUUCCCCAUGGGUAGACAAAAGUCGAACUCAGAACAAGAUAGAUCUGUAUGAUGUUCGUAGAAGACCAUGGUACAUCCAAGGAGCUGCAUCUCCCAAAGAUAUGCUCAUUCUAGUGGAUGCGAGCGGCAGUGUGAGUGGAUUGACACUGAAGUUGAUCCGGACAUCUGUCAUUGAGAUGCUAGAAACUUUGUCCGAUGAUGAUUUUGUGAAUGUUGUUUCAUUCAAUGAAAAUGCUCAGAAUGUCAGUUGCUUCAACCACCUUGUGCAAGCUAAUGUGAGGAACAAGAAGAAGUUGAAAGAAGCAGUCUAUAAAAUCUCAGCAAAAGGAAUCACUGAUUAUAAGAAAGGUUUUAGCUAUGCCUUUGAACAGCUGCUAAAUCACAGCCAGAGUGUCUACAGAGCUAACUGCAACAAGAUUAUUAUGUUAUUUACUGAUGGUGGUGAAGAAAGAGCACAGGAAAUUUUCAACAAAUACAACAAGGAAAAAAAAGUCCGUGUCUUUACAUUUUCUGUUGGUCAACAUAAUUAUGACAAGGGACCCAUACAGUGGAUGGCCUGUCAAAAUAAAGGUUACUAUUAUGAAAUUCCUUCCAUUGGUGCUAUUAGAAUCAACACACAGGAGUACUUGGAUGUUUUGGGGAGACCUAUGGUUUUGGCUGGGCAGCAAGCCAAGCAAGUUCAGUGGACCAAUGUCUAUUUGGAUGCACUGGAACUUGGCCUGGUCAUUUCUGGAACUCUGCCUGUCUUCAAUUUGACAAAAGAUCAAAGCGGAAAUCAGAACCAGUUGAUACUUGGUGUAAUGGGGGUGGAUGUGUCACUUGAAGAAAUUAAGAAGCUGACCCCACGGUUUACAUUGUGUCCAAAUGGUUAUUACUUUGCAAUUGACCCCAAUGGUUAUGUGUUGCUUCAUCCAAAUCUUCAACCAAAGCACAUUGGUGUGGGCAUACCCAAAAUUAAUUUGAGAAAAAGGAGACCCCACGUCCAGAAUCCAAAAUCUCAGGAGCCUGUGACACUGGAUUUUCUGGAUGCAGAGCUAGAAAAUGACAUUAAAGUUCAGAUUCGGAAAAAAAUGAUAGAUGGCGAAAGUGGAGAUAGGACCUUUAGAACACUGAUCAAGUCUCAAGAUGAGCGUUACAUUGACAAGGGAAGCAGAACCUAUACAUGGACUGCUGUGAAUGGGACUGAUUACAGUUUGGCCUUGGUGUUACCACCUUACAGCUUUUACUACAUAAAAGCCACCAUUGAUGAGGCACUCAUUCAGGCGAAGUUUACUGAAACUCUGAAGCUGGAUCGUUCUGAUGAAUUUGGCUACACGUUUUUAGCACCAAGAGAUUACUGUACUCCUGUAAAAAUAACUGACAAUAAUACUGAUUUUCUUCUAAAUUUCAAUGAAUUUAUUGAUCGACAUACCCCCAAAAGCCCUUUAUGCAAUGAUAUGGUUAUGAGAGUUUUACUGGAUGCUGGAUUUACAAGUGAACUUGUUCAGGAACAUUGGAGUAAGCAGGACCCUGAAGGAAUUACAGCACGGUUUGUGGCGACUGAUGGAGGGAUCACCAGAGUGUAUCCAAGAAGCGCAGGCUACUAUUGGACAGAAAAUCCGGAAACAUAUGAGGACAGUUUCUACAAGAGGAGUUUAGAUAAUGAAAACUAUGUCUUCACAGCUCCAUUCUUCAAUAGAAGUAGUGAAGAAGAUGGCAUUAUGGUAAGCAAAGCUGUGAAAAUAACUGUCGGAGGAAAACUUCUGAAGCCUGCAGUUGUUGGAGUAAAAAUCAACAUAACCAACUGGAUGGAAAACUUCACGAGAACCACAACCAAGAACCAGUGCAAAGGGGAACUGUGUGGAUGUGAAAAGAACAGCAUGCAUGUUGACUGUGUUAUUCUUGAUGAUGGAGGAUUUCUUUUGAUGUCAAAUCGAGAUGAAUAUAUACAAGAGAUUGGAAAAUUCUUCGGCGAGAUUGACCCUGGCCUCAUGCGGAAUCUCAUCAACAUGUCAUUGUAUGCCUUUAACAAGUCUUACGAUUAUCAGUCAGUGUGUGACCCAGAAGAGGAACCUAGGCAAGGUGCUGGUCUCCGCUCUGCAUAUGUGCCUACAGUUGCUGAUCUAUUACACCUAGGAUGGUGGGCUUCUGCAGCUGCUUGGUCUAUUUUGCAGCAGCUCUUUUUGGGCCUGACAUUUCCACAUUUCCUUGGUGCAGUGGAAGUAGAGGAAGAAGACUUCAGUGCUAGUCCAUCAAAACAGAGCUGCAUAACAGUCCAAACUCAGUACUUCUUUGAGAAUGGUGAUAAAUCAUUUAGUAGCAUCCUAGACUGUGUAAACUGUUCUAGACUAUUUCAUGCUGAAAAAAUUUCCAAUACAAACUUAGUAUUUAUAAUCAGUGAUAGCAAACAGAUGUGCCCUUACUGUGAUGCAAAACCACUCAUGCAAGCAGAAAAGCCGGAUGAAGGGCCUAAUCCCUGUGAAAUGGUUCAGCAGCCCAGAUACAGGAAAGGACCUGAAGUCUGCUUUGAUGAUGAUGCUGCGGAUCAGCCUAUAUGCACAACGAGUCGUGCCUCUGCCAUGACGUCUGCUCCUCUCUUCAUUUUUCUGCAACUUUUCAUGUGGUGUGGAUGGAAGAUUCAAGAGACUGUGGUGGGGUCUCUGGACUCAGCCCCUCAAUAUGGUCAAUGAUAGGAAUACAGCUGAUCCUGCUCUGGCUGUUAUCUGGCAGCAGACAUUGCCAGUUAUGACCCUAUCUAAACCAAAAUCUGCAUAACCAA